AUGGCGGGACCAUCGGCUGCUGUAGCAGUACUCGCCUGCUACCUUCUCUUGCCACUCGCCCAGGCUGGCAGUCCAAUUACACCCAACUUUGCCUGGAACAUCACUCUCCCAGCAACCUCCGGGAUGUUCAGGUUCUUUGCCAGCGGCAACUCGUCCGCAAAGUGGAGCCAGACCUUUGAGGGCGCACCACAGCCAUAUGCCAAAGGCCAAGUGGCUGUGGGCGACGGUUAUUACAACAUAUCCACCACUUUUGCUGGGGCAGGAAGCGGCGCUGUUCAAGCCGAUGCGGUCUUAAGGGCCUACGGUCGUAGUGUUUGGUUCAACGGCGCCCUCACGCUCGGCAACGAGGCCUACCAAGCCUUUCUGAGCCCUGAUGGCAACAGCUUGCCAGACGCCUCGCCGUCAGAGCCAUUUGGAAGCACUGCAGGCCCGCAGCUUGCAAGUUGGUCGGGUAACGCUUGGGAUUAUCGGUAUUGGCGACUCGGCAUUCCUUCAAACUAUACCGGUGACUUGACUUUGCGCGUCGACUCGGCCACCCUCGAGACUGGCAUGGAACUUCUGGUGGACAACCCAACUUGGGACGACGUCAACAUCACCGACAUCCAUGCUGUCGACGACACAGGCGCUAUCAACGCGUUCUUCAACUGCACGAGUGAUUGGAAUGUCAUCACAAGCCUAGGUGGCGGUGUUUCUGGCCAACAACCAGUGGCCUACAACGCAACGCAGGUGCUGUCCAACUACUAUCCCAACGCUGCUUGCAUCUUCCCUCUCCCAACCAACAUGUCGUAUAUCAUGUUCAACGGAACACUCGGCCCAGACUACCUGCUGCAGCAAAUCACCCUCUCCCCAUCACCUCCGGGAGCAAGCAACCUGGUAACGUCCAAUUCCAUGAUUUACGCCGUGCCGUACAAUGUGCCCAACUCGCCCAUGUACAUGGCCGCGCUGGACCCCAGCGUCCAGUACAGCGUCACAAUCAACUCGAGGGAUCCGAUCCACGCCACGAACAGCGGAUUUUCCGGUAUCACUCUGUGGUCCACCAAGGGGGUAAACGGCGCAUCGUCAGACUCGAGCGCGAGCUCGGCGACAGGUGGAGUGGCUGCCACUCCCAGCGGAAACAAGAAGGACGAUUCAAACACCUCGACAAACGUGACUCAGUCCUCCCACAUUGGCCCUAUUGUUGGCGGCGUCAUCGGCGGCCUUGCUGUCAUUGUCCUUCUGUUGGGUACCUUCCUACUCUGCCGUCGCCGCCGCAGGAAGCAGCAGUUAAACGAAAAGGAGGUCAUGAACAUUGACGCUGGACCAAAUGUUCCGGAACACAGCGUCUCCCCCUUCAUGUCCUCGGCACACCACAGUGCCCUUGGUGGCACGGGUGCGUACCACAUCGGACCAGAUGGCAAGAUCAUCCAGGAACGCAACUCGAUGCUCGCCCACCUCCCAUCCGACCAGACGACCCAUCGCUCCCUCUCAACGCAAGACUGGGACCGGGAAAUUAUUGCCGAGAGCGACGCGGGCGGCCUGGAGGCUGCGACCUUCCAGCGCUCGAUGGAGCCCGAGCGCGUCCCGCCAGAAUACAACCCAGAGUGGGCGGCCCGUCCUGUUGUUCCGACCGGUUUCCUCGAACCACCGCGUGUGUCAGAGUCUGCGUCAAGUUCAUCCAUGCUGUCGCCGUCGCCCAUCUACGUCGAUGCCUUGCACCACGCCAAGUUUGGCGGCAACAGCCCCGCUUCGUCGGCGACGUCGUUGUCCGAGCUGGCAAACCAGGGGCGCAAUAUCGAGACAGCGGGAAUGCCGACCAAGUUGAGGCACGAUGGCGCGUUUGAGGGCACGUUUGGAGGCAGCACCGUGUCGCCCACCACGGCGAGGUCGAGCUUCCACCAAAGGCCCGGAUACGGGACUGUCGGUGGUAGCAGUGACGACAAGUCGGACUGGGUGAGCUACAGCGGUGGCUCAUCAUCCGGCACCGGCACAAACUGA